UUUUACUUUUCCAAAGAAAGAAAACAAUCGGCUAAGCACCUGGUUUUGCACAUCUUGUGAAAGUCAAGAUAUAUAUUUAACUUUACUUUAAUCAGCCCACUGGAAAACCUGGAAAACAAAGAUGUUGUCGUCCUGAACCAAGGAAGGAAUUGACCCCAGUCCAGCCAAUCACAUUUAAGCCCGCCACCUUCCAUCCAAUCAUAUUAGUCAAGUCAUUCGUUGUUUAUUCUCCACCUUUGACCCUGUCCCCCUUAACUGAACUAUAAAACACAUUUCGAACUCACACAUCUUAUUACUAUAGAAAUCUAGCAACUAUUUAAUCACUCUCAUAAUAACAAAGUUGUAGCCUUUCUUUGGAGCAAAUUAGCCAAAAAUCAAGCAAGAAAUGGGGCGUUGGAUGAAGCCUGAGAUAUACCCUUUGCUGGGGGCAAUGACCUUUGUUACAGGGAUGUGUGUUUUUCAGCUUACAAGAAACAUACUCUUGAAUCCUGAUGUCAGAGUGAAUAAGACUCACCGUAAAACAGCAGUUCUGGAAAACCAAGAGGAAGGAGAGAAAUAUGCAGAACACGGCCUUCGCAAAUUUCUCCGGACCCGCCCGCCGGAAGUCAUGCCUGCCAUCAACCGUUUCUUCGCCGGAAAUGAAAAAUCAUGAAGCUUUCGUUUUCAUAUGUUCAUUCACCAUAUCCCCACUGGCUCUGAUACACAACACUACACUACAUAGCAACACUUCAACAUGAAUAUGUACCAAAGAAGUAAUACUCAUUCUUUUUUUCUUUCUUUUUUUUUUUUUUUAGGUGAUGUACUUCAAUGGAUAUUUUACUAGUAGCCUUAUCAACUGUGUGUGAUGAAUUUUUUGUUUCCCGGAUAAUUAAAGCAAUGUAAACCAGUUUGACAGCUCAAUUCUAUUUCCCUUCUUUUUUCUGAUUUUUGAAAAGUCCAAACAUGCUCUAUUUAAAUUUUUAUUUAUA